CAGCGCUAGGAGACCCCCGGAGCGCCCGGGUUCAAAGGCCCCGCGCGCAGCUCCAGCCCUCUGGGGGGCGGGGAGGCGAGGGGGUGGUGCGGGAGCCAGAAAAGCCUGAGCCCACAGCCGGCCGCCCUGCGCAGGGAUGGGCAGCGUGCUCUGAAGUUUGUGACCGCUGCAGCCAGCUCCUGGUGGGAGCGGGGACCAGCAAGUGAGAGGCCCUCCUCAAACCCCACAGCUGGAGGGUGAGGCCCGAGAGCCCUUCUGGGGCCACAGGAGUGCGUCCUCCAGGCCCGGUGCUCCCGCGCCUGAUCGGGGUUCAUGGAGCUGGAGCUGUGGCUACUCUUCGGGCUCACAGUGACCUCCGCUGCAGGAUUGGUGCCUGGCGCCCAGCCUGCAGCCAGAUCGGAGGGGGGCAUCGAGACUGUGGCCAGGACUGCAGCGCAGGGCCCAAGUCCCCGGAGCCCUGGGCGGGAGCAGGGACCAGGUUGGUUUGGGGAGCAGGUGGCCAAGGGGGGCCCUGCACGCCGCCGAGCCAGACGCUGCACGUGUUUCACCUACAAGGACAAGGAGUGCGUCUACUAUUGCCACCUGGACAUCAUCUGGAUCAACACCCCUGAACAGACUGUGCCCUAUGGACUGUCCAGCUACCGAGGACACGCCCGCGGCAGGAGGUCCACAGCGCCGUUUCCGCAGAGCCCACAGCCCUCGAAGUGGACGCUGCGCUGUGCUUGUGCGGCGAGCCACGACCCCGCCUGUGAGCGUUUCUGCACCGGAACCCUGGCUGUCAGCAGGAACUCAGGGGCCGAAGAAGAACUGGACCAAGGAGAGGCAGUGCUGGCCGGCGGGGUGGACAGAGGCCCGCAUCCGAGGAGGUUGAAGUCCAGGACAGACAGACAGAGCCGUCUUUAGACCUCCGCCAUCACAGGCUAGCCCGGCGUGGGCCCUGCCUCCGCCUGCCACUCUGCCUGCUGCCUCUGGAGCCCUCCCAGGAGGCCUGCCCAGCCUGUGUUAGGAAGCCUCAGUUCCUGCCCCCCCAUGGUUCACAUUUCUGCCUCUUUGAGGACAAAGAAUGAGUUCUGCCUGGGGGAGAAAACCCACCCAGAGGGUCCUCACCUAAACAGUACACCCUUCCCCAAGAAUCCCCCAUCCAACAGCCCAGUUUCCCUCCUGGGGACAGUGAUCCCAGAUGUGCCCGGGGCCGGCACCCUCCGUGGCCUUCCUGCUGGAGAGGGUUUGGAGAGGUCUGGCACAUUGGAAAGCUUUCGACUUGACUCCUCUUGGCGAGUCAGUAACUCCAAGGUAACCCUUCGCAGGUAAACACAUGUCCAUCUCGUAGCUGCUGCCGCACACUUGGAUCCCAAUGUAGAGCAGGGUGGUAGCUGUGCGCCGGCCCCAGGAGGGGCUGCUGUAGAUGCAGUCCUAGCUGCACAGGACUCGAGGAGUUAGAGGCUUAUAAGACUUAGGCAGACAUGUUCAGCUGUGCUUGAAGAAGAAGAAGGAAAUGAAGAAGGAAAAGAAAACAGGAGCCUUGAUGUUUGUGACAAGGAGAGACUGGUUAGCUGGGAGGUGCGGCCUCGGGAGGAGCAGCAGUGUGCGCCAUGAACUUGUUUGCAGGAAGCUGCUGGAAGAGCUGCCCCGGGUCAAGGCCGUUAAGUGAAUCCCGUAUUUGCUUUCAUGAAUGAAUGUGGGUCUUGAGGAAAUGGCUUCAAAAUAAGCCCCGAACACAAACUAUUUGUAAAUUAUGUAAAUUCCUAUUUAUCUGUAUGAUUGGGAACAACUAGGAAUUGUGACGUGCCCCCCUCAC